AAAUUUAAUCUGCUAAUAAACAUGCAAACAAGAACGCACCGGCUACCUGUUGCAAGCGCCCGAGCCGCGCCGCGUCUCAACCAAUCAGCGCCCAGCGGCCGCCCAUGCUGCCCUCCCAUUGGUCCAAUGUUAGAGGGGGCUAACGCAGGGGGGGAAGCAAGGCCGAGGUCUCGUCGUUUUAAACAUGACACUGGCAAGAAAAGCACCGCAUUGAGCUUUCGGGAGCUUUUCACGCGUCCGCGAAAAACAAAUGAGUUUCGAAAAUUCGAAAUAAUGUGUAUGUGAUUCGAAAUUUGAAUUUUAACGCUCGAAAAUGUCGUUGGGUAAGCAGCCCGCUGAGCAUAUAAAGCGGCCGAUGAACGCUUUUAUGGUGUGGUCGAGAGGACAGCGGAGAAAGAUGGCCCAGGACAACCCGAAGAUGCAUAACUCGGAGAUCUCGAAGCGGCUUGGGGCUGAAUGGAAACUGCUGACGGAGAUGGAGAAACGGCCGUUCAUAGAUGAAGCGAAGCGGUUGAGAGCCCUCCACAUGAAAGAGCACCCCGACUACAAAUACCGUCCACGGCGAAAACCCAAAGCGCUCGUCAAGAAGGAGCCGAAGUUCGGCUUCAACAUCAGCGGGCUGAUGGCGCCGGUGCCGCGGCUGCUGCCUCCACCGUUACCCAUGCCCCUGGAUAAGCCGGAGCUAAGCCGCGCGCUGUUCCCACCGCUCUACCCAUUCUACCCCUUCAAGCUACCACCUGAAGAUGGGAAGCUGGCGGCGGAGCUGGCGCAUUUGCAGGUAAUGUCUGCCCUCUACGGCGGCGCGCUCUACGGCAGUUCGCUAUACAGCAGCUCACUGUCCCCCUGCGGCUGCCCCCCGCGCCGCACGCCCUCGCCCCCCGCGGACGUCAAGCGGCCCGUGGCUUACGUACUCAUGAAGGACGAGGAGCCGCCGCAGCACGUCAUAUGAAGGCCGGUGGCGCUCCCGGCCCGCGCCUGGCCCGGGCCCUGGGAGCGGCCUUCCACGUCCAUGCCAGAACGGGACUUAUCCUCUCCCGAUAGCGUUUAAGCACGAUCGU